GACGCCCCGUCUGACGCACGUCGCCGCGUAGCCCGUCGCUUCCCAAGAUGGCGCAGGUGCUGAGGGCAGCUGUGGCGGCGGCGUGCGCAGGAGGGCUGUUGUCACGACUUCAGGCUCCCGUUCCCGUGGUGAGAGCCUCUUCCACCUCCCAGGCCUCACGUGGUGUGACAGGUGCCGUGUGGGCCCUAGGGCGACUCAACCACGUGGCCAUAGCCGUGCCGGACUUGGAGAAGGCCAGGGCAUUUUAUCGGGACGUCCUGGGGGCCCAGGUGAGCGAGGUGUCCCCUCUUCCCGAGCACGGAGUGUCUGUGGUUUUUGUCGACCUCGGGAACACCAAAAUGGAGCUGCUUCACCCGCUGGGAAGUGACAGUCCGAUUGCGGGAUUCCUGCAGAAAAACAAGGCCGGAGGGAUGCACCACGUCUGCAUUGAGGUGGAUGACAUAAACGCCGCUGUGACGGACUUGAAAGAAAAGAAGAUCCGCAGCCUGAGUGACGAGGCCAAAAUAGGGGCCCACGGGAAACCCGUCAUCUUCCUGCACCCCAAGGACUGCGGGGGCGUCCUGGUGGAGCUGGAGCAGGCCUGAUGCGUGUAAGAAGCUGCGUAAUGGCCGGGGAAGCACCUCUGAGGGCACUUUGGCUUUGAAUCCGUCACUCCUUCCGUCACUUCAAAGUUAAAAACCAAAUUACAGGAUGAGAUUCAAAAAAUUAUAUAUAUACACAGUGUGUGUCCCCCAAAAAUGUAUACACGCUUUGAAUAAUUAUGAAUUCAAAUGGGUUAAAUCUGAAAAGAAAGAUCAAUUGAGCUAUCAGCUAAGUGCAUAUACAUUUUUGGGGGGACAUACACUGUGUGUGUGUGUGUGUGUGUGUGUGUGUGUGUGUUAAUCACUUUGGGCUUUAUUUGGAGAAAAUUUUGAUCACCGAAUGCCUAAGGAAUAUUAUUAAAAUCACAUUCAUAGAAAUAAAUUCUUCCUGUU